AUGAACUUCUCAAGCAAUGUAACCACCAUCAGACUCAGGGACACUUUUGCAACAGCAGUGACCAAAAAUGUGGUAGUGGUGGCACUGUGCAUCACCAUCAACUACAUCAACGGGACGCUCGUCCACACCUUCCUCAAGAACCGGAUUUUCACAGAGAACCCGCGCUACAUCCUCUACAUCCACAUGGUGUUCAACGACAUCAUCCAGCUGACCAUCGCCGUCCUCCUGCACGUCAUAAGCUACAUCCUUUUCACCAUCAACGUCUCCUUCUGCUGCUUCCUGCUGAUGAUCGCCAUCUUCACCACGCUCAACACGCCUCUGAACCUUGCCAGCAUGGCCGUCGAGCGCUACAUCGCCAUCUGCAACCCGCUGCGCCACGCGCAGAUCUGCACGACGCAGCGCACCUACGCCCUCAUCGGCCUCAUCUGGCUCAUGGGCGCCAUCCCCAUCCUGCCGGACCUCUUCAUCCUCCUGGCCACGGAACCUCUGGCCUUCUUCCACUCUAGAAUCUUCUGCAGCCGGGACUCUGUGUUCCGCCACCCGUACCUGGUGGAGAAGAAGAACAUCUCCCACAUGGUGUACCUGUCGCUGGUCUGGCUCACGCUGGUCUUCACCUACUUCAAGAUCAUGUUUGCGGCGAAGUCGGCCAAAUCUGACGCCAAAAAGGCUCGGAACACUAUUCUCCUCCACGGUGCACAGCUCUUAAUGUGCAUGUUCACGUAUAUCGGUCCUCUGCUUGACAGCUUGCUUAUGUAUAUUUUCCCCAUGUUUUUGCUUGAGAUGCGUUUCACAAGCUAUGUCAUUGUUCAUAUUUUACCAAGGUUAUUGAGUCCAAUAAUCUAUGGACUGAGAGAUCAGGCAUUUUGCAUGUACUUAAAAAAAUACUACCUGUGCUCUAAGUGUAAUGUGGUACAACCCUCUGAAAAUAUGAGCUCUUUAAAGAAAAUCUCCAAAUAA